GAGGCAGGAAUAUUGGAAUAUAUUAUACAAAUUUGUUUGACUAUAGGAAAAUGAGAGGAUGAUACUGAAUCAACAUAUAGACCCAAAAAAAGAAAAGAAAACAAAAAAAGAAAAAUUAGAGACACGGUCUUUGGUCUUAGACAAUGCCUGACCUUAAAUCUCGGCCAUAUAAUAACUUCCAAAACUGACGGCAAUGCUUUAUCUUUUACAAACCUUUCCUUUCCUUUUCUUUGUUCUUACACUUUAGAGACUCUUUCUUUCUUUUUUCUCUCUUUUCCUUUUCAUUUUCAUUUUCAUUUCCUUCCUCAUUUUCUUCUCACUCAAACAAAAACAAAACAAAAACAACAAUCGAAAUGCCUGCAACGACAGAAAACAAUCAAGGAUCCUUUUUGGGUCGAAUAAGCAUUCGAAGAAACCAAGUUAUGUCAAUGGAUGGUAGUCAUGAUCAAGAGCUAGAAGACCUUGAACUUUUCCAAAAACACGUUGGUGAUAGAUUCUCCGAAUUAUUAUCUUCCACAACAGAUGACCCUUCCAACGACGCUCUUCUUUCCAUUGGAUGGCUUCGAAGACUUCUCGAUGAGCUUCUUUGUUGUGAAGCCGAAUUCAAAGCUGUUGUUAUGAUGGGCCGUGAUCCUUCUCAAAUUGCCAAACCACCUCUUGAUAGACUCUUGCCGGAACUCCUUGAUCGCGUUGUUAAAUCGCUUGACAUUUGCAAUGCUGUUACUCUUGGCAUUGAUGCUGUCCGGAAUCUCCAGAGGCUAGCUGAGAUCGCGGUAGCUGCUCUUGAACCUAGACCCAUGGGUGAUGGACAAGUCCGAAGGGCGAAAAAGGCAUUGAAUUCUCUUGUGGCCGCCAUGAUGCAUGAAGACAGAGAUUGUGGAAGUAGCAAGGGAACGGAGAGAAGCAGGUCCUUUGGAAGAAGAGGAAAUGCGAAUAAGGAUCGUGGUGGUGGAACUUUCCGGUCACUUUCAUGGACAAUGGCGAGGAAUUGGUCAGCUGCGAAACAAAUCCACGCCAUGUCAUCAAAUUUGGCUGCGCCACGUGGCGCUGAGGCAACGGGUUUGCCUUCACCGAUUUACAUAAUGAGUACUGUAUUGGUAUUUGUGAUGUGGACUCUUGCUGCAGCGAUUCCUUGUCAAGAGAGGAAUGGGCUGGGCACCCAUUUACCGUUUCCGAGGCAAUUGAGCUGGGCCCAGCCCAUGAUUAGUUUGCAAGAGAAGAUGGCUGAGGAGUGGAAGAAGAAGGAAAAGAAAGGUUCUGUUGGAUUGUUGGAAGAGAUGCAAAAGAUUGAAAAAGUUGGACAGUUGUUGAUUGAUUUUGCUGAGUCUUUUCAGUUUCCCGGCGAAUCGGAGCGUUUAGAAGAGAUUAGGGGACAUGUGGAAGAAUUGGCUGAUAUUUGUAGGAAGAUGGAUGAAGGGUUGGAACCUUUGCAGUUACAAAUUAGAGAAGUUUUUCACAGGCUUGUUAGGACCAGGUCUGAGUUUCUUCAUGUUUUGGACCAAGCUGUGAAAUUGUCUGCACCUACUGUGUAAAAUUCAAAUACUUUUUAUUUUAAUUUCUUUUUACCUUUUUCUUUUAUUGGAACUUUGCCAGCUAGAUCAUGAAAAUGAAGGAUUUGGUCCAAUUGCUGGGUUAAUUUUUAUUUUAUUUUGUUGAGGUAGGGGACCUAAUCUUCAUUUGUUAAUUGGUUGUCUUAAUUAAUUGAUUUAUGUAUGUAAUGUAAUGGCUCUAUGUUAGCCUACAAUGUACAUCUACAUCACUAUAGAUUUUAAUUUGUUUUACCAUUUCUUUUUGAGGUGAAAGAAGAUGACUCCAUGCACUCACUAAACAUGUGGUGACUUGCCAAGUUGUUUAAUUUAAUUUGAUACAUGAAUGAUCUCUUUUUUCAAUUUCACCAA